AUGAAAUUGGCUAUCCGCUUUGGCAAUUCGCCUGACCGACCUUAUGCCUCUAAUGGAUCCUGUAUUAUAAUGAAUGUCAACGGACGUCUAAUGUUACGUCGUGAGUUAGCCGUAAGACACGUACCGACCCCUGGUUAUACGGUUUUCUCACAUCUAAGUAUCACGCAAGCGGAUGUGGUUUACACAAUCGCGUCUGGACCAAAGAAGGCGUCAUGCAUCUUGCGCAUCGACGUCUCUAAAGAGAUGAUGGAUCAAGAACCGGUCAUUGAUGUGAUCCGAACUGCGCGCGAGGACAGUGAUCUGGAAGCGCUCGACAUCUCCGAACCCGAGCAUCUGGAGUUCCAGUCAGACGGUGUGGCGGUGUCAGCAUGGUUUUAUAAGCCUAAGAAUCGUCAUUUCACCGGUCCUGCGGCUAUGCUACCACCGGUACUCCUUCUUGGCCAUGGUGGUCCGACUGCUGCUGCUGCUAACUCACUAGACUUGAAGAAACAAUUCUUUACUUCCCGAGGAUUCGCUGUGCUAGACGUGAACUAUCGUGGAUCGACUGGAUUUCGGCACGAAGUUCAGAAACAUAUCUUCAUGAUAAGGCUGAAACAUCAGUGGGGUGUGGUUGACCGCGACGACAUGAUUGCGGCAGCUCGUUCGGUGAUAGCACGACGACUUGUUGAUGGCGAAAAAGUGUGCAUUCAAGGAAGUUCAGCGGGAGGUUAUCUGGUACUGUCAGCCUUGAUCCACUCGGAUGUCUUUAAAGCAGCAGUUUGUUCUUAUGGAGUGGCAGACCUAAUAGGAUUGGCGAAGGAUACCCAUAAAUUCGAGCGCGGUUACAACGAAACACUUAUCGGUAAAUAUCCAAAAGAAGAACAAAUUUAUAAGGACCGUAGCCCAAUCUACCAUAUUGACCGGCUGAAUACGCCGAUCGCGUUUCUGCACGGCAAAGAAGAUACGGUAGUGCCGGUUAGUCAGAGUGUUGAAAUGUACGACAAAUUGCGACAAAAAGGUGUUACAACAGCGCUGAUGCUCUUCGACGACGAAGGGCAUGGAUUUCGGGGUCCGGACGCGAUACGGCGAAGUACAGAGGCAUCAUACGUCUUUCUAUGUAAAGCCUUAGGAAUCGAACCAUCAAUUUCAUCUGACAUUGAAAUUGUCAACGCGAAGUGA